CACCCCCACAUACACUAACACACACUGAGGAAAGGGCUUUAAGCUCCGUCAUACGUCCCAGGACGUGACAGCAGACCAUCGGGGGAAUAAAAACACCAGCACCAUUUGUCUCCUGCUGCUGAUACUUUGAUAUUAUUUGGAUGCGGUAAACAGAGGCGGGCAACACAGCAGAUCUACGAGUGUGACAUAAGCGGAGCGAAAGAGAUGAGAUCUUAGUGGACAUCAGCUAGUGGAUCAAAAUCUGAUGGAGAGAGAGUCGGUCUGUCCGACCGGAGCCAGGGGAGGUAAGAGUAAUGAAAGGCUUUGCUCACAAGAGGAGAGGAAGAGGAAGAAGACGUCUGGGGUGGUGGUAGAAGGCCCAGCUGGCCAGCAGAGAAACCCUGAUUAUUCAUCAACUUCCAGUUUCCCCCACGAUGACCGGAGCUCAGCGGCGAGUGGAUUGGAUGUCGCCGACCGGCUCACUUAUCUCGAACAGAGGAUGCAGAUGCAGGAAGAUGAGAUCCAGCUGCUGAAGAUGGCUCUGGCCGACGUCCUCAAGAGGCUCAACAUCUCCGAGGAGCACCAGGCAGCUGCUGCAGGCGCUGCUGGAGGCAGGCGGACGUCGGGGACCAAAGGCAGGCCAGUGUCCCUGGCUCUGCCCUCCAGACCGCCCAUGGUGACCUCCAGCUCUGCUUCUCUGAAGAAGAGCUCCACGCUGCCCUCCAGCUCCGUAGCCAGGAACUACAGCCCAACACCACCCCGAAGCGGUGUAAAGAGCCCUCUGGGUAGUGUGAAAGACAGUCCAUGCAAGACCACUAAGACACGGCCCAUCUCUGCAGCCUCGAGCUGCAAGAAACCUCAGGACGGCGGCAAGUCCAAGGAGGCUGCAGUAAGUGUAGGGUCAAGGCGCGUGACGCACUGCAAAGUGACUAUGCAGAUCUAUCUGAGCCCCCUCACAAGAAAGACUGGGUCUUCUGAGGCCGCCAAGUCCAUGUCCGCGGUCCCCGCCAAGAGCGGCCCCGUGGCCGCGCCGAGCCAGCCCCGGGCGAAGGGGAGCAGCAAGCCAGAGACGAGGAAAACGAGCCCGACCUUCACGCUGAACCUCCAGAAAACCUCAACCAGCCACAAUGCGCAGCAGGACACGUCCAGCUACAGCUACAGCCCCAUCAAGUCCCCCAGCCAGUACUUUCAGAUUUGCUACUGACGCAGGAGCAGUAGACACAACGGGUCCGAUUUCUCUUCCCAUUAAACAAAUUAACCAUUUGCUCUCGUGAACCCGCAGAAUGUUGGAUCAAAACGAAUGAUUUGAAGCCUCAAUCACCUCCGACUAAACAGAGACUCUUCUUCUGGAACUUGCAACGUUUCUGAAUAAUUCAGAAAUGCCGUGUUUUAUGGCACUGUUAUUUAUUUUGCGUGUACUUGAGACUCCAUUGUAGUUGUAGCCCCGUUUGACUCCUGCGUAGGCUAAUGCCUGCGUUUACCGUUAGCGUUCUUGCUGCCACCCCGCACGAGAAGUCGUCAGAGCGUGUGAGCGUCAGGUGCUCGAAGGAAAUUGUCUUUGAUGUCGUUGGGUGUGUCUCCAUAAACCGUUUGCUGUGAUAUUUUCAGUUUUGUAGUCGUUCCACCUCGUAUGUACCAAAAAGUCUCAUUCAAAUUCAGGAGAAACAAUAAUAAUAA